CCCGAAAGUUCGAUUCGGAUUCUGUCCGUUUGGUUCCGUGUCGCUUGGUUAAGUUCGUUCGUUGUCGGUCGUGUGGGUCGAUCGUCUCGUUCAAGGUCGCAGUGGAUGAUCCCUUUCCGAACUAAUUCAAUGUCAGAUAAAAUGUUUUAAAUUUUCAUCAAAAGAAAAAUUAGGGAAAAAAACCUCAAAAGUAGUUGGUAUGGAUUAAGUAAAAUAGUUGAUUUUGUCUUUAAUUAUGUAAUCCAACUGGUGAAACAAAAUUUUAGUCUCUCCUCGGCUCAGCUGAGUCCAGAACACCUCACCUAGCUCAGCCGGAGCGACCGGCCAGCCAGACACAAAAUUGCCGUAGUAACUCUCGGACGAUCAACGAAACCAGUAGCUAGUCUAGUGUAGGGCUCUCGACCGCGCCAGGUCGAAUCGUAAUUCGAUCGGAAUUCGCACCCCGUUUUUCUGCUCAGGUGUUUCGCGCGGUGGACAACAGUGCAAUGCAUUCACGUGCUCGGCUGAAAAACAUUCGGUACCUUGGGGUUUGUUUGUUGUUUUUCGUUGUUUCACUGCCUAGUUUAUGUCUGGGAGAUUCACUGGACGGGACAACGUCCAAGGCCGUUAGCGAGGUCGAGAAUGCCAUCGACAAUGCGCUGGAACCGGUUACGCCUGGCGUUGUGCCGGUGGCAAAUGUAACGGAUAUACCUGGAGAGGUAGUUCCCAUAGCAGUCACAACGAUACCCGGUACCAGCUCCAGCAGUUCAGAACUGCCAUCGUCGACACCGGAAGUAACCAGCUCAUCAACGACAACAACAUCAUCAACAUCAACAACAGCAAAGACGACGACGACGCCACCGACAACGACGGAGACGACCGGAAAGAGUCAACCGCAAUCGUUACCUCCGAAUUGUGCCCCGAUGAAGCAAUCGCCAAUCCAGCCGGUGUACGACAAGGAUUCGCACAUAAAAAAGUGCUGCCCAUUCGGGGAACGGUUCCGGCAGGAUCAGGACGGCAAUGUGCACUGUAUUCCCGGCAACGGAACCCUCUCGGUGGCCACCAUCUACGCCGUGUUCUAUGGCGAUGGUGAAUGCAUCGAGGACAAGGAAAACCAACUGCACUUCAACUAUGUGCAGAAUGACACCUGCGUGGGUAACAGCUUAACGUUUCUGUACAACGAAACCGAUGGAGACGAGAUGUUUGUCAUUCAGAAUGGGUCUUUGCUUAUUGUCAAUGGUCCGGAUAUGAUCGUCUACGAUCAGUACUGCGUCGAUAUGGAUGGGAACUCGCGGCUGCUGGCUAAGGCCUGUGAAGAUGUGGAGCCGAUUGAGCUAAGAGCAACCGCCGUUCUGAUCUACAUCGGGAUGGUGUUGGUCUCGGUGACGUUGCUGUUCACCUGUCUGGCCUAUGCAUUGGUGCCCAAGUUGCACGACGUCUUUGGCUAUCUUAUAGCCGUACAUGCGGGAUCGUUCUUCUUCGGGUUGAUCUUGAUGAGUUUGGCUGUUUGUGGUGAUCGAUGCGUCGCCUUUCAAGAUAUUGUUGUUCUGCAAGUUUUCGGACAGAUAUUUUUGAUGUCAGCGAUCUUCGUGUUCCUGCUGAUGAAUGUACACAACUUCGUCUACGCAGCCUAUUACAUCCCGAAUGGAUUCGAGUUCGAUCCCACCAAUAAGAAAGACGUGUUCAUCUGCUUGGGAGUCCUGUAUGUAAUCACGUUGAUUCCGUUGUUCCUCCCAUGGAAGAAUGCUCUUAUAUUCCACCUGAUCCUGUACAUUUACUACCUAGCGAUAGUAGUCGUUUUGUAUCUAAGUCAUCGAGCUGUUCGAAUACUGGCCACCAGCAAAUUUGUAAGGUUCACAGCUAAUCAACCACAGCAGCAAUACACAGAGCUGACCUACAUGGAAGCGGUCAACUCACAACCCCGAAUCAACGGCCAGCGGGUUAAGGACAUUCAAGCACUGAACCGCCUCUGCACGGUCGAGGCUUUCUUCACCCUGAUCUGUUGGGUCCUGUUCAGCUCCCUGCGGCGAAAUUGGGUGGCCCGGGGGGACGACAUCUACCGGAUUGGAGCCGCCUACAUGCUCAUCGUGCAGGGACUGCUAAUCGGGGUGCUGUUCGUGGGUGGACGCAAAAAGUGGACCAUCAUCCGGGAGUGCUGGUACAAUUCCGGAUCGCUGGAUCUGCGCGCCAUGGAGAUGGAACGGGAGAUGAAAACUUUGGAACGGACCGCAGUUCCGUUGCUGUGAAGGCAGCGAAAGGAGAAGCAGUUUUGUUUUCCAAAUGGAUUGUGAUAGGCUGAGAAAAAGAGUGCUGACAAAGCGCACAUGACUGUAUUUAUUGAAAGUAUUUUACCAUUGUGUGGGCGCGGCUGAUUGUUGAAAGUUCGUUCGCCAGUUUACCAGUUUUAAGUCGCAUUAGCAUUUAGGAUUAAUUCGUAAGACGAUGCAAAUAGUCACGAGUUCAUUAUCGAAUCGAGCGGGAUGUUGUAGUCUAUUGAGAAUCGA